GCCUCUCUCUGUCGCUCUCCGCCUCUCUCUGUCGCUCUCGUCUCCUCUCAGGACUCGGGAUCCUCUGUCGGCUGUAGCUCUUCACAUCGCCUCUGUCCAGACUGUCUUUGGCUCCUCGCGGCAUCGCCAGUCGCCACCAAACACGAAAGUGACGGAAAACCAGUGACCGGUCGCCGCCUCACGUUCUCAGUUCAUAAUCUCAGGAGGUGAUCUAUAUGUUACCUAAAAGAGCACAAGUACCUUGAUUUGGGCUUCUCUGACACUCUUCACAAUGUCAUUGGUGAAACCUUUAAAGAAGCUUGUUUCUUGUGUUAUUCUUGAUUUGGAUGGUACACUUCUAAACACAGAUGGCAUUGUGAGUGAUGUUCUAAAGGUUGCCCUAGUUAAUUAUGGAAAGCAAUGGGAUGGCAGAGAAACUCAUAAAAUAGUAGGGAAGACACCUGUAGAAGCUGCAGCUGUGGUUGUUGAAGAUUAUGAGAUUCCCUUAACAAAAGAAGAAUUUCUUACACAAAUUACUCCAAUGUUUUCUGAGCGGUGGUCUAAUAUUAAAGCUCUUCCAGGUGCCAAUCGAUUGAUUAAUCAUCUCAAAAGUCAUGGUGUGCUAAUGGCCUUGGCUUCUAAUUCUCCGAAGUCAAACAUAGAGACAAAAAUUUCUUAUCAUCAAGGUUGGAAGGAAUCCUUCUUCGCCAUUGUUGGAGGUGAUGAAGUUACAGCUGGAAAGCCAAAUCCUGAAAUUUUUCUUGAAGUAGCUAAAAGACUUGGUAUAAAUCCAUCCAACUGUCUUGUCAUUGAAGAUUCAUUACCUGGUGUUACUGCUGGUAAGGCUGCUGAAAUGGAAGUGGUUGCUGUACCAUCCCUUCCUAAACAGUCUCAUCUAUUCACUUCGGCUGAUGAGGUGAUCAAUUCACUUCUUGAUUUGCAUCCGGAAAAGUGGGGCCUGCCUGCAUUUCAAGACUGGGUGGCAGGAAUUUUACCUAUAGAAACUUGGCACAUUGGUGGACCUGUCGUUAGAGGAUUUGGUCGUGGCUCAAAGGUGCUUGGGAUCCCAACAGCCAAUUUAUCCACAACUGGGUAUUCAGACCUCCUUACGGAAUAUCCAUCAGGCGUAUAUUUCGGGUGGGCUGGAUUAUCUAAUCAUGGUAUAUACAAAAUGGUCAUGAGCAUCGGUUGGAACCCAUACUUCAAUAACACAGAGAAGACCAUAGAGCCGUGGCUGCUACAUGACUUUAGUGAGGACUUCUAUGGGGAGGAAUUGCAUCUUGUAAUCGUGGGCUAUAUACGGCCUGAGGUAGCCAACUUUUCAACGCUUGAAAGCUUGAUAGCAAAGAUUCAUGAGGAUAGAAGAGUUGCAGAGAAUGCCCUUGAGCUUCCUCUAUACUCAAAGUACAGAGAUGAUCCCUACCUUAAGAGUCCUCUACUCCAGAACAAUUUAUGAAUGUACGAUAAGCAGAAAAUAGUUGUGGGCAUUUUUACAAAUAUAAAUCACAUUUAAAAAACUGCCCUUUAUUUAUCAAAUUUAUAAAAACCAUUUUGGUGGUUCUCUAUUUUUCAAUCAUUGUAGUGUAGACUAGGGUCUACCAUAUGCGUUGUGGAUCUGGUCUAGAUUAUAUAUAUGUAGUUAAUGCAUUAU